AUAAGGAAAGAAAUCAUGGCAAGCCCUGAGUGCUGCUCAAACCCUCCGACCCUCAACCCCUCCAGCGGCACCGGCCAUGUCGAAACCCUCGGCGGUCUCGACUCCUAUGUGACUGGCUCCCUUGAUUCCAACCUUGCUGUUCUUCUCAUCUCUGACGUUUUUGGAUUUGAAGCUCCAAACUUGAGGAAGCUUGCUGACAAAGUUGCAGCUGCUGGGUUCUUCGUUGUGGUUCCCGACUUCCUUAACAAAGACCCUUAUGCGCCUGAAGAUGCCAACAGACCUGUUUCUGUUUGGAUAAAGGAUCAUGGACCGGACAAGGGAUUUGAGGAUGCAAAGCCAGUUCUUGAAGCUUUAAAAAGUAAAGGUGUUUCUGCAAUUGGUGCUGCAGGCUUCUGUUGGGGGGCCAAGGUUGUGGUUGAACUUUCAAAGCACGCUUUAAUUCAAGCUGCUGUUCUGUGUCAUCCGUCAUUAGUCACUGUGGAUGAUAUCAAGGGUAAGAUACCUGUACUAAUAUUCAGGAAAUAUCUACACCAUUAUUGGAACAAAAAAUUAGUCUCACACUCACUUUAUGAUCUAUUCCUGGACUUACUUUCAGAGGUUAAGGUUCCUAUUUCUAUACUUGGAGCUGAGAUUGAUCGGAUGUCUCCGCCUGAAGUUGUGAGACAGUUUGAAGAGGUUUUAACUACAAAACCUGAGGUUAAGAGCCAUGUGAAAAUAUUCCCGAAAGUGUCGCAUGGGUGGACGGUGAGGUACAGUGUUGAAGACGAAGCAGCUUGUAAAUCUGCCGAGGAGGCUCAUCAAGAUUUGUUGAAGUGGUUCUUGAACCAUGUCAAGUGAGUGGCCUCAUCAAGAUUUGUUGAAGUGGUUUUCCUUAACAGCUGCUGUCUAUUAGUAAUGGAUAAAUAAUGCCUCUGGAGUUUUAUGUUCGUAUUUGUUUUUAAAGUUUUGUAAUAGAAUUUUACGGCUUAAUUUUCAUGUAUUCCAUAAUUCUGAAUAUAAGUGCGUACAAUUCUUAUUA